CAAUAAUUUUAUUGCAUACGGAACAAAAUGAUUUCCAUGCUGAGAUGUACUUUCUUUUUCGUAUCUGUUAUUUUAAUAACAAGCUAUUUUGUAACACCAACGAUGUCUAUCAAGUGUAAUUGUAAGAGGCAUGUUAUAAAACCUCAUAUUUGUAGAAAAAUAUGUGGGAAGAACGGAUAAAUUUUUACACUUCUAUUUCCAUCAAGCAAUAGACGUUGUCAACAGCAUGGAUAAAUUUCUGCAAAUUGGAUUCAUCAAAAUGGUUAUAAUGAAUUAAUUGAAUUUAAAAUAUUAUACAACAUUUAUCUCUAUAUGUUAUCUCUAUAUAUGUUAUCUCUAUAUUAUUAAAAAAUAAAUUCUUUGAUUUGA